AUGGUUGUGCUUACAAGAAGUGCAUACAAAAAAUCUUUUGGAUGUUCAAAUAGUAGUGAUGUGUCACAAAAAAAUGUUAUUCCACCUUGGUGCUCAUCAGGGAAAGUGUGUGAACGAAGGAAAUCCAGGCAAGUUGCAAAACCGAAAUGGGAAAUGCGAUCCACGUACCCGUUACGGGAAAACAUCUGGGAAUAUCUGUACGAAAAUAAUGUCGAUCAAAACUUCCUCGGUAGCAAGAAAAGGAGAACCAAGAGAUGUAAACAAACAUCAGUGCUGAAUCGUACAUGUAACAGGAGUACGGCUUGCUUGUUUGUUAUAUUGAUUCUUGUGAUGGGAACAAUAGGUUAG